UGGAUUUGGAUUUUGUUUGGGCCAAUGGGGCAUUUUGGGGAGAACUAGGGCACAACUAAUCAAAACAUCGUCAUCGGACUCGCACAGUUACUCUGUUCCUCUCUCCAAAACUGCUUCGCUCGCUCUCUCUCUCUCGCUCUCUCUGCCCUCUGAAAAAGGACAGAGGCUGCAAAGGAUAUGUCUUCUGAUACGGCAAAGGAAAAUGAAUCUGUUGUCGAUUCAUCAGUGACUGAAUGGAAACAUGACGUAGAGAAUUUGGGUGAUCAUGAGAGCCCAAGCUAUAAAGGAAAUGGGGAUGCCUAUGCCACAGGGGCAGAUGUACGAGGACAUAAUUGUGACCAGGUGGGAAAUUCAUGUGUAAUUAAAAAGGGUAAAUUGUAUGGCACAAGAUAUUUCAUCAUCAAGAGUUUGACCCAUCAAAAUAUCCAAUUAUCAAUUGAGAAAGGCAUUUGGGCUACUCAAGUCAUGAAUGAACCCAUUCUGGAAGAAGCCUUUCAUAAUUCUAGUAAAGUAAUUUUAAUAUUUAGUGUCAACAUGAGCGGUUUCUUUCAAGGGUAUGCUCAAAUGAUGUCUUCUGUUGGGUGGAGACGAGACAAUGUUUGGAGUCAAGGAAGUGGUGGAAAAAAUCCCUGGGGCCGCAGUUUUAAGGUCAAAUGGCUGCGGUUACAUGACUUGCCUUUCCAAAAGACACUUCAUCUCAAGAAUCCAUUGAAUGACUACAAACCUGUCAAAAUUAGCAGAGACUGCCAGGAAUUACCCCAGGAUAUUGGAGAAGCUCUUUGUGAGCUCCUUGAUGGGAAGGAUGAUACGGAUGCCAACUUGCAUAGGGAUGACCUUCCAUUGAAAAGGCCUUGUAUAGAGCAUCCAUGUGCUCUGCAAAAUGAAGAGUGUAAUGUGCCUGCAGUGCAUAUGACAUGGGCUCAGACACCCAUGCUUUAUCCUUCCUUACUCUACCAACAUGAAACCGAAGCAAGUAGAUUCCAUUCAGCACACCUGGCUAUCACUUCUGGGGCAUCAAAAGUUAUGCGGGCAAAACAUUCUCAGAUUAAUGGAAGCCUCACUAAUGUACAGUUGGAUCAGGAUAAUUCUUCUCGAUUUGAUGUUUGGGGUUGGUCUGCAGAAAGAAGCCCCCUUGCUAGUACCCUGACGGAGGACGAUAUUCUUGAAAUGUCAUAUGAAGAAUACCUGGAGGUCCAUAGCAAAGGCAAUAAACAAUUAUACCAUCCUGCAGCUGGGUCGUCGUGGAGAACACAGGAGUCAACUAGUAAAGUUCAUGGUGAUGAUUCAUACUCACCCAGCCGCUCAAAUAAGAGGAUUCAUCAUUCAUUGUACAAGUGAUUGCAUGUCAAACAAACAAGGCUGUGUCUUGGUGUGGUGUUGCUAAUGCUGGACAAUGUUUUGAUGGGUUCUUUUCCAUUUUCCUGGAAUUCAAUCACUCAGUCAAGUUGUUUUAAUCCCUUCAACUGCGGCUUAAUGUUGUCAUGUUGUAUACACUAUUUGCAUUUGUAUUUGUACUCUAUUAUGUGAAUAAUUGUUUUUUUGGUUGUUGUUGUUGCUAGAUGUGGGAAAACUUGUACAUAAAGUGAAUUGACCCUGAGACUGUGACUACGUGUUCUCGUCUUUUUUAUUUAAAGAUUUAAAUUGUCUCUUCUUUCCCUCUCUUCCCAUCAAAUAGUGGGAGUGAAUGGAAUGGAAUGCUGAUGUAAGCUGGUCUGAACUAUGUUUUAACCUUAGAACUGGCUUCAAUUUGGUUAGGCAUGUAAUAUCAUUAACUUUGACUGGUUAUGAGAUGUUAAGACUGUAUAUUUAAUGAGAUGGGUGUAAAUUUUGUA